AUGGGCGGCAGCGCAAAUCACGCUAGGGCCCAGAUGGAAGAUAUUUUCCCUACGAGGGGUAUUCUGUUCCCUACUGGCGGGCGUCUCAACUCUCUAAGAGAUGCCUUACGCAGUUUCGACGGAGCCGCAUAUGUUUUAAUACAAAGGGCGCAAAACUUCAUUGAUCUGCUUCGUGCUGAAGGUCCGUUCAGCCAGGACGAUGCCGAGUCCAUCUGCUCCGUGCAAGCCAGGGCUAUUGAGAUCGUUCAAGUUGCGAGACUCGUACACGAUGCGGCAAUUCAGGAUAUUGUUAGACAAGUCGUUUCCUUCGGCGACAAGGCCUCCUUCAACGUAGACGCCCUUCUUGAACAUUUUAAGAAGCCUCUAGAGAGGGUUGUACAGGAGAUAAUUCUGGAAGCGCACAGCGACGACAUCCUUUGGAAGAUUGCUGAAGAAUGUUAUCAUCAAGCUACAAGGCCUUCUGGGAAUCUCAAUCCAGAGAAUUUUCUUGCCACUAUCGCACCCUUACAGCAAGAACAGGAAAAAGAGAAUUGGGUCAAAUUCUGGAUCCAGUUACUAUGCAACUGCCCUGAUGCGUCUGUAUUCAGGCAGCACGAUAAAGCAAAUAACCAUAGGAUCGAUAUCUUCUCAAUCAACUAUCAAGAGGCUUCGGGAAUGCUGCAUCACCAUUUGGACAGGGGCCUUUCUAGUCCUUGGGAGACCGACAACCUUGUUUCGUGGAGCAGUUCUCUCAUAUUUGCGAUUCAGUAUGCAAAUUGGAGAUUUUGCAACCCGCCGCGGUUCAGUCGCCCGAUGGAUAUUCGUAUCUGUGCCGUAGAUACAUCGAAGUUCCCACGGGGGCAGUUUGCAAGAGAUAAGUGGUUACUCAAAUGCUUCAAGAAUACGGAAUUUUCGGAUCAAGAGAACAGCUUUCGUGAACUUCGACUCAAUGAAGAUCAUGACAACGGAGAGUACCUUUCGCAGGGUGUCCUUCAUAUUGAAGACCGCUCUGACACCCUAUCCUUGCGAAGUCUGGAAAACGCUGGACUGUGGAAUUUGUACCCAGAGUUUGGUAUCAGCGUUGUGGAACGUGGGGGCGGUGAGACGGACGUGAGAAAGCUGUGGACAGAUUAUGACAAGGCACUUCGAUGGCAAUGGCAAUUCAAGAAGAAAACAACAAAAGCGGACGUACAUAUUGCACUGCAUAUUGCAGAGGAAUGUUUCUCGUCUUUCGACCAGGAUGAUCUGGCGUUGUUGCUACUCUGCUUCCGCGAACGCAAACUACACCCGGAGAAGCCAUCGUUUCAGGGUCCGUUUGCAGACUUACUAUCUCCCGUAUCAGCUGAGGGUAUAGUAUAUGAGGAAACCAUAGAGGUGGAUCGAUACUUGACGCUGAGGAAACGGUUGUCUAAACUUAGCCAGGUGUCGGGGGAACGUGGCCUCAAGCUAUUUGAGCAGCUGUAUGUGUUGGAAGAUGCAGAUGAAGACUAG